AUGAACAACAGAAUCAAGAAAUUUAAAUCAGUUUCAAACCAACAAGAACCAGAUCACUCUCAACCACAACCCUCUACCUUUGCAAAUUUAGACGACAAUUUGUUGUUCGAGGUGUUUAAGCACGUCGAUGCAAGGACACUGGCUACCGUCGCCGGCGUCAGCAAGCAGUGGUUCAAAACCGCUCACGACGAGCGCCUCUGGGAGCUUCUCUGCACCAAACACUGGACCAACCUUGGCUGUGCUAACCAACAGCUACGCUCCGUCGUUCUUGCGCUUGGUGGCUUCCGUCGAUUACAUUCUCUUUACCCAUUUCCCCCUAUGAUUGGAUGUAAUCAUCCAUGGGGCAAAGAUGAGGUUCAUCUCUCCCUUUCUCUUCUCUCAAUUCGUUACUACGAGAAGAUGAAGUUUAAAAACAGACCCACAUCUUGA